AUGGCGGCGGUGCUGGAGAGCUGCGAGACAGCGUGCUGGACUGCGACGCGCGAAGAGGUCGGCGUGCAGGUGCACGAGAAGCUGAGGGGGGAGGUGCCGCGGGACACUGCAGCGUUCGUGGGGUGGCCGGAGCACCACGGGGGCAUUUCGUUUUACCGGCGGACGGGCAGCGACGCGCAGGACCCGAGCUGCGUCGAGCUCAUUGGCCGACCCGCGACUCAUGAGCUGGAUCUGCAGAUCUUGCGGCCUUCGUCGAUCACGCCGGACAUGACGGGGCUGCGCUGGGUGGAAGCGCGCGUGCUGCGGGAGGUCGGGGACUGCGACAACUGGCUUCCGGAGAACGUCGCAGCCGGCAUCACGACGCUGUGCAUUCGUGGCUCCGACGUGCGGUGCAUUCCACCGGGAAUGGCGAAGCUGGACUACCUUGAGGUGUCGAGUUGUUCAGAUCUCAACCCCGACGAAUUGCUGCCGGCGACGAGCUGCGCGCAACUGCAGUCGCUCUACGCGCGGAGCAUGGAGAUUCGGCGGCUGCCCGACAUGCCGGAGCUGGAGCUCCUGCAGAUGACCGACUCGUUUGGCCUGUCAGACUCCUUCCUGCCCUGCUCGAGCGUGUCGAGGCUGCGCAACCUGACACUCAACGGCGCCGAUGUGGAGAGGCUCCCUGCGGGCCUGGUGGCGCUGGAGAAGCUGGACUUGUCCCUGUGCAAGAACCUCGACGUGGACGGGUUUCUGCCGGAGAGCAGCAGGGCGAGGCUGCGCCAGCUGGACGCUUCCCAAACAUUGGUGCGGCGGGUCCCCGACAACAUGCCGGCGCUGGAGGAGCUGCGGAUCAGGUGGUGCGAUGCGCUCCUGGACGGCGACGACUGGCUGCCUUGGUCCUCCCGCGAGAGGCUGCGGGCGAUUCAGGCAAGCAACAGCUCGGUCAGCCGCAUCCCGAAGGACAUGCCGGCGCUCGAGCUGCUGUACCUGGAAGCCUGCCCGCUGGUCGCGGACUUCCUGCCCGCUUCAAGCGCGGGCCGCAUCACCGAGCUGAACGCUGAGGGCAGCUCUCUGGCGAGGCUGCCGCCCGGCAUGCGGGCGCUCGAGGAGCUGCGCAUCAACCGUUGCGAGCACCUGGACGAGGACUUCCUGCCACCGUCGAGCGCGGCGAGGCUGCGGGAGCUACUCGCAUGGGGAAGUGCACUGCGAAAGCUGCCCCGGGGUCUUGCGGCACUGGAGGAGCUGGACGUGAGGGAGUGCGAGCUGCUCGACGAGGACAUGGACGCGGAUGCGGCUGCGCGGCUGAAGGCGUGGGAGGUGUCGGGGAGCAACCUGCGCCUGCCUGAAGGAUUCAGAUCGUGA